AUGGCGUUGACAUCUGGACAUUCUAUCAAUGGUUCAGUGAUUUCGCGAAAUUCGUUUCUUGCAAAUAACUUAACCGACAAAUUAGGCGACUCGGAGCGCGGAACACUACCCACAAACACUUUGACAAGUUAUUCUGAAAAUGUUCCAUGGUUUAGCACUCUAUUUCUCCUAAUGGUUGUGUCCAGGGUAGCAUUUCAAUUUCCACAUCAAAUUGUCAUAGCUCUGGCAGAUUUGGCGACCAUUACGUACCUUAAAGAGCGCAGAGCAAAUUACGGUGCAUAUUUUAUGUGGAGCCAUAUUGGUGGUGGCAUUUCGAUAUUCACUGUCGCUAUGUUGGCAUGGUUUAUCAAAAUUAACAUCUGUGGGACAGAAGACUAUGGUUAUUUUACAGCGUACAUCGUUGCAGGCUGUAUGGCACUACUUUCAAUGCUUUCUUUGCCAUGGUUUCGGUAUGAAUACAACGAAAAUGAAACUAUUAACUGGUCAGAAGUAAAAUCAGCAUUAUGCAAUGUCCAUUUCGCGCUCAUGUUUUGCAUUCUUUUUUUUACCGCAAUUCCUGUAGCGUUUCAGAUAAACUGGGAGUUUUGGUAUUUGGACGGAUUGUCUGCAAGUCCAUUAGUAUUGGGUAUAGCUGGGUUAGUUCGUCGACCAAUCCUGGCUGGUUGGAUGCUAUUGUCUUGCGAGUUGCUGAAAAGGAUCGGUGAGCUGAAGGCUAUAUGUAUCGCGUUGUUUCUGUUUGCUCUGUCCUUUUUGGCUCUGUCCUUCACACGGGUACCAUGGUUUGUGCUGGCUAUCGACAUGUUUCAAGCCGCCGCUUACGGACUAGCAUAUUGCAGCUUCACAGUGCAUUUUUCAAAAGCAGGUUCAAAAGCAAGUUCAGGAGUUAUUCGCG